AGAAGUGGGAUUGGAAACACAUGCAGGGUUGUGUUCUAAACGAUCUGUAACUCACAAGUCCUUAUUGCUUCUAGGCCCGCUAUUGAAACAAUCAUCAGAAGAACAUGACAUUAAUAAUUGAAUUACAAUUGCUCACCAAACAUCAUAUUCUUGCUGCGAGUAGCUUUUCCUGAAACUCCUUCAGACUCAUUUUGCCACCUACUCUCUCAGGUAUCCAGCAUUGUGUUAUCUCUGUUUGUUGGAAUUACUGGACUCUGCAGGCCAGAUCAUGAUUCUGGAAGGAAGUGGUGUGAUGAAUCUCAAUCCCAACAGCAAUCUCCUCCAUCAGCAGCCUUCCUGGACAGAUGGCUACCCCACAUGCAAUGUUUCUAAUGGAUUUUUUGGAAGUCAGUGGCACGAGAUACAUCCUCAGUAUUGGACCAAGUAUCAGGUGUGGGAAUGGCUCCAGCAUCUCCUGGAUACCAAUCAACUGGAUGCCAGCUGCAUCCCUUUUCAGGAGUUUGAUAUCAAUGGUGAACACCUGUGCAGUAUGAGCUUGCAAGAAUUCACCCGGGCAGCUGGAACAGCUGGGCAGCUCCUUUACAGCAACCUGCAGCAUCUUAAAUGGAAUGGUCAGUGUGGCAGUGAUCUAUUUCAGUCAUCACACAAUAUCACUGUUAAAACAGAACAAACAGAUCCUUCAAUCAUACCGCCUUGGAAAGAAGAGAAUUAUUUAUAUGACACCAACUAUGGUAGUACAGUAGAAUUGUUGGACAGUAAAAGUUUCUGCAGAGCCCAGAUUUCCAUGACAACCACUGGACACCUUCCUGUUGAUUCUCCUGAUAUGAAAAAGGAGCAAGAACACCCUCCGAAAUCACACACCAAAAAGCACAAUCCCCGAGGGACCCACCUCUGGGAGUUUAUCCGAGAUAUCCUCCUGAAUCCAGACAAGAACCCAGGGUUAAUAAAAUGGGAAGACAGGUCUGAAGGCAUCUUCAGAUUCUUGAAAUCGGAGGCAGUGGCUCAGCUGUGGGGAAAAAAGAAAAACAACAGCAGCAUGACAUAUGAGAAACUGAGCCGUGCCAUGAGAUACUAUUAUAAGAGAGAAAUUCUGGAACGAGUUGAUGGACGGAGACUGGUAUAUAAAUUUGGAAAGAACGCACGUGGGUGGAGAGAAAAUGAAAACUAAAGAUGUCGACAGUUUAAACCAAAAACGAAAUACAUAAAGCCACCAACUGCAAAGCAACAAUUCCUGGGCGUAAAUAUUUCAGAGACUAUUUCCUUCUAUUUAUGUACCAAAAGGGAAAAGAAAUCUACUUCUAAAGGAGGAAGGAACAUUACAGUUGUUAAAAUUAUUUUGUUAUUUGAAGUAUGUCCUGUAAGGGGAAAAAUGUACACAGUUUUCUGUGAAAUAUGAUGCAGUAUGUGGUUCUGAUUUAUUUUUGCCUCUAUUGUGAAGUUCUUUUCUUCUGCAGGGGUAAUGUGGUUUUUGACUUCAUGGUUCCUGUCAGAAAAAGAACAAAAAAAAUCAGAGGGCAUUACACGUUUUUAUAUGCAAAAGGACUUAGAAUAAGGCAUUGUGUUCUCUGUUCACAAGAAUACUUUGUGUUCCUGUUGGAAGACAUGAAGACGGCAGCUUUUCUGAAAUUCCAUUGCCACAGCUAUGGCAAGGGAGAUGGGAUUCCAGGUAACCAUGUCUGGAUCCUGAAGGGAAUGACUGCCCAAGGGCAAUCCAAGGAGGGCAUAGGGCAUAGGGAGAUGGGAGGCUGGUGGCAUUCAGAACCCACUGGUGGGGGUGCUGUGGCAGUCAGAGUCUCCAAUAACCAUGUAACCAGGAGAAUAUUAUGAUACAUAGAACAGUUUACCAAGAGAAUCGUUAGAAGCUAGGAGGGAGCCACAGCUUCUGCUGUGAAUACAGGGAAUGUGGCUGCAGUUGGCUGUUCAGUAAAAAUUCUUUUUCUCUCAUCACCUGUACUUGUUUCUGGUUUUCUCACCAGUGGACAAGGCCUCCACUGUGUUUAUCCCAGGUGGACGAAGGGGAAGGCUAGAAGAGUGAGCAUUGUAUUUCAAGGAGGGAAGCCUAGAAGUGGUUAUCUGCUCUUGGUGGACUGUUGCAGAGAUGAGGAUUCCAAGACGGAGCAUAAACUGAUGUCUGUCUUUGGAAAAUGCACCAGAUGAAUGACACUUCAAGGCCUCAUCUUAUAGCCAAACCACACAAGCUAAAUAGACAAAAAAAUUUCCAAAGGUGAAUGAAAACCAUGUAAGAAGUGAAACAAGCACCCCCAGACUGGAAGAAUGGGACGAAAGGAGAGAAGAGGUAGGGGCGAUUACCACCUUAGAGAAUAACAUUUCUUCUAGUCCUUGGCUUUUUUUUGUCUGGGCAGCCCUUUAGUGUUUUUUGACCCAUCCUAAUUAACUGCAUCUGAUAUGAGACAGCCUGUCCCUAGACUCUUCUUAUCCAAAUGGUGGAAUCCAUUUCAGGAUCUCCAAUCAGUCAAUCAGUCAGUGGUAUUGACUGAGUGCUUACUAUGGCCAGAGCACUGUACUAAAUGCUUGGAAGAGUACAGUACAACAGAAUAAGCAGAUAUAUUAUCUGUCCAUAAUGAGAUACAGCCCAGAAAGCUUGGUGCAGGUAGCCCAGGGUGGGAGAGUGGAAAAUGGAGCCUGACUAUACCAUUCUCUUUCCUAACUGUUCUGCUACUGGAACUACUUUUCUAACCUGAAAAAUGAGGACUUGGCACCUCUUCAAGGGAGAGAGGAAUUUAAUUGAUAUUUACAGUGCAUCUUGAUGUAUUCAAGCAUGAGAUGCUGAGGGAGAUUCAAAAUAUUAUCAUUAAAGUGUGAGAAUUCUGAGAAACAGGUAGGUGAUCUUUGCAGUCUAGAUCAAUUUUGUGAUAGGAAUUGCAGCUUGGAGAUGGAAGAGUCCUCUUGUCAAACUCCCUUUCCUGGAAGUAGAUGGGCCACUCACAAGUUCUCUAAUUUGACAGUUCUGUAUACUUGAGAAAAAUAAGACUGCAUAUAUGCCUGAGACCUCAAGGCAUAUGUCACCCUCGUUUUGAAACAAUGAAAAAGAAAACGAUUGAAGCUUGCACUACUUUAACCAUGUCUUCCACCCCAGUCAUUAAACCUUAAGAUAUUGAAAAUUGGCUCUUUGAUAUCAGGUCUUUACAGUAAAUUGUUCAAAGUCAUUGCUGUUAUUAAUCGAGUCUUGCCCAGCUAUUCCUUCAUUCCUCCUCCUGCCUUGAUUGCUGUUUCUUGCUCAGCCUGAGAGACAAACUCCUGAUUCAGUUAUAACUUCCAAAUGUUUUUGAAUUUUUCACAUUUCCUAAAAUGGGUCUUGGUUGUCACUGCUAAAAACUGUGCUAGGAACAAUCUCUGAUGGAUGCUUAGUGGGUCUGAUUAAGCGUAACCUGGUCAGGGGUUUUACUGAUAAUUAGCAAGUUGUGUUAUGUGUUGAAAAUGACUCUUUCUUGGCACUUCAUACCUGUCUGGAUAAGCUGAGCUAUCUUUCAGCAUAUCUCCCUAAUGUCAUUUGUUUUGUUUUAUAUGUGCUGUGUGUGACUUCAAUAAGGCAAGCAAAUAAAACCAAUUUGUAAUAACUAA